AUUAUGCUUUUGAAACCAAGUUGCUUUAUUUCUGAUCUCAAGUAUUUCUUUUCGUUUCACAAUACGCAACCAUCGUCGUCGUGUUUUAUUUCCAUCCCAUCUCAUGAAAAUAAACUUUCAUGAUCUUUGUGGUUUUUUAUAAAUAACAAUGACGAGUUUUACUUCCCAACCCACAACAACAACCAUAGUCAAUCAUACUUCUACUUUGGAAAUAUUAUUGGCACGUUUAUCAAGACGCAUAUCUUUAUUGGAAAACUUGGAUACACUAGACCAAGAUGUUUUUUUUCUGACUGUAUAUAAAGAAACGGCAAAGACCACGAUACCUUUGUUAUCUGAUUGUUUUCAAUUAUUGGAACAAGAACAUGUUUUGGAUAUUACAGAAGAAGAUUGGGAACGUCAGUUAGAUGAUAUUCUUCAGUCAAAGAUAGAACAACAACAGGAAUGGAACCAAAAAUGGAAACAAUGGGAAGAAUUAGUGACGAUGACGAAUCAUAAUAUGCAAAGAAGUGAUGAUAUGCCAUUCUAAAAAAAUAGUUCAACAUCUAUUGAUCAUAUAAAGAAUAUCGAAUGAGAUAUCUAUUUAUUCUUCC